AUGAAGGUGGAACAUGGCAGAACAAGUCGCCUCUUUACUUCGUCAUUGCCAGACCUGUUCCACUUCCGUCAAGGCGAUGCGGAAGACGUGGAUCCUGUCAACAAUUGGCAUCGAGGUCGAAUCACGUGGGCGCAAUCUGAGUCACUUGGCCUUGCCGACCAAGAGUGCUCGGGCGCCGUGCGAAAAGUCUGCCAGCGCGAUUCUUCACUUGUCAUGUGCCUGCCGGAAGAAUGCUUGAUACGCGCCAACAAAUCAAAAGUACAUUCACCCGACUCCCGGCGUCGUUUCCCGUGCUGCCGAAUACUUGCAUCUGUAAGCUACUUACUCUAUUUUAUUUCGCCUCAUCUUCACUUUGAGCCCUCUUCUUCCGCACGCCUUCCAGUGCAGAUAAAGCACGGGAAACGACGUCGGGAGUCGGGUGAAUGUACUUUUGAUUUGUUGGCGCGUAUCAAGCAUUCUUCCGGCAGGCACAUGACAAGUGAAGAAUCGCGCUGGCAGACUUUUCGCACGGCGCCCGAGCACUUUAUCCAAGACCAAAAGCAUCACACGUCAGAUCUUUUUUUAGAAAUCUCCAUAAUUAAAUUGCUCGGCGUACUGACCUCUUGGUCGGCAAGGCCAAGUGACUCAGAUUGCGCCCACGUGAUUCGACCUCGAUGCCAAUUGUUGACAGGAUCCACGUCUUCCGCAUCGCCUUGA